UUAUUGUUGUGUGGCAAGAUACAAUCCAAAGGGUGUAAUUUUGUUUUAGAGUGUAAACAAAAUACUGUGGUUGUUUGGCAGAACGUAGCAGUCUAAUAACAUUUUUGUGCAAGUUGUUUAAAAGAGCCUUUUAAUAAUUCUAAAAGAUAUGCCACCCAUCAUCCCUGGCAAAUGAGGCUUUGCAAGCUUGUCAAAACAGUACCAUGGAAGGACACAUUUUGUCUACGGUAACUCAAAUGGUUGGAUAAGAACACCUACGCCUAUACGCUUAAUAAGCUCAGCCAUGCCUGCACACUCAAUUGAGCUGCUUGAUCAAAGCAUAAUAUGAUAGUUGAGUGUGCUCAGGCCAGAGAUACGCUGCAGUUGUGUUUGCCUUGCUGGGAGUGACACUUCGCCAGCACAAUCACACCGGUGACUUCUCUCACGCUGUGAACGUGCCCGGCAGCUUAGAGCUUUUCCCCUUUACGACGAAUGGCAGGGCGUAUCCGACCGUGCAAUUUUGAGAUUGGUCUGAAACCACAUAGCAAAACUUGCGCCAUUUGUUCAUUUCAAAACACGCAUGAACAUCCAAUCACGUUGGCAAAUCCGCGCAGGCAGCGUGAGUAGCGUGGUCCGUCAGUGUCAGUUUUGACGGAAGGUGCCGCAAGAGGCGCUGACGAUCGCUGCUUGGACGCGACGCCUGCGCAGUGUCAGGAGCGUAUCGCAGCCAUAAGAAGGCGUGGAUGACCCACGGCCUGUUCGAAGAAUGGCUGCUCGAGUUCGACAGUAUAAUUGAAGGCCAAGGAAGAAAAGUAGUGUUGCUACUUGACAACUGUAGCGCACACAGCGUUAACCCGAAGCUAACAUAUGUCGAAUUGAUGUUUCUGCCUCCGAAUACUACGGCAGGCCUGCAGCCGUUGGACGCCGGCGUGAUUGCCAACUUUAAAGUCCUGUAUCUGUGGCGCAUGCUGGAGUGGCUAAUUUUAGCCAUUCACCGCUCAGCUCCUGGCACGUCGGGUCAUGCAGACGGGCCCCCUGACCUGAAGAUCAGCUUUUUGAAAGCUGUGUGCUUCGUUUAUGGUGCAUGAUAUGAAGUAAAGCAGUCAACCAUAUACAACUGCUUCAAAAAGGCGGGCUUUGUGCAUCAGGACGAACUUCCCCAACCCACUGAGACCAACAUGGUGGAAGCCGCUGACAUAACCGAGCUCUGGGAGCUCGUUCCUACUGGUGACACAGGUGGUGCGUCGAUGGAGGAGUUUUUGACUGCAGACAGUGCUGCCUCAUUCUGCGAUGAGGUCACCGACGAGGCGAUCGCCAAAGAUGUGCUGUCUCAACAGACGGCAAAGUUGUGCGACGGUGGCGACGGCAGCAGCGACAGUGACAACGAGAUUGACAGUGGUUCCUUGACCCUGACCACAAUGUCUACGCAAAGUGCACUGUCAUCGAUAGACUCCUUAAUUGAUUUUAUGCAUGCCAAAGGAUUGCCGCCAGUGUUCGCGCAGCAGCUGGAAUCCAUGCACACCGCGGUUGUGAAGCUGAAGCUGCCGCAAAAGCAAGUGCAGAUUUUGGACUAUUUCGGCGUGCCUAACCCUUGACACAGUCAUUUGCGCUAGAAAUAAAGUUUGUUUUUCACAGCCUACUUUCUACAUCAUCUAUUCUUUAGAGCAAGUAGCGAAUCCGAGUUCGGAGCUGCAAAGGUAUGUUCCACAUUUUCUUUUUUCAUAACUGCAGCCCAGAUAUAGCGAUCAUCGGUUAUAACGAUCAUAUUUUUCGUCUUUCUCGAUAUUGUUAUAAGCGGACUGCACUGUAGUACUUGUUGUUAUGCAAGAUGAUGCACACGAAUGACUGUGGUAAUUGUCCAUCAUCAAAUGGAGACGAGCACCUGCGUGCGUGGGCUCUUGCUUGUGCCUGGAAGAGCCAGUUUCCAUCGGCACGAAAGAAAUAUGUGUGCGAGUGUGGCUUAUGUUUUUAGCACCAGGUUGUUGUGUUUAGGCGCCAAGGUUCGAUCCCACCAUUAGAUGCUGAAUUUUUCUUCUAUUGAAGAGGCCCGAAACAAUGCGACACAGGAACCUACUUGCAUACAUACUGCAAUGUGCCUUGUAUGAGUCUUCUCGUUGAAAGACAGGUGGCGACACCUGAUUUGAAGUUCCCACACCAGCUCUCCAUGACUUGAUGGAUUCUGACAGUGUUGAGAUUAUGAGACCAUUCUCAGUAAUACGAAAUUGCCAACUCUGAGUUACAUAAAUGAAACAUAUGUAUGUCUGCGAACUGAGAAAGACAGAAAAAUAAUUUCAUUAUUGCACUGCUGGUCUACACAUGAAAAUUGUGCAUUACUGCGUCUGCCGAGGCGUGCUGCAUAGCGGAGUCUACUGCAGCCGCCACGGGUUACAGUGACGA